CUCGGCCACAAACUUAACCCUAUUAUAAGGACAAACCGAAGCCGGCCGAGUGCUGGGAGCUCCCGCCUAAAAUGGACGAGGGAUACAGCCAAGACGCUAGCUGGGAUGAUGAGGCGGAAGAGGACUCCGACGACAAGAAUAGGCCCGAGGCGCUCAAGGAGAAGCUCAUUUUUCUAAUUGACGCACAAACAGAGAUGUUUGAGGAGAUUGUGGUGUUCGGCCAGCCCAGCAGCUCCUUCGACAUGGCCCGCCUCACUGUGUCGGACCUGCUGCGCCUCAAGGCCUGGCAGCACCCCGACGACCAGAUGGCGGUCAUCCUCUACAACACGCGCGAGAAGGACCAGCCUAAUGGCUCUGCGGAGGACGGCGGCGGUGGUGGCGGCGGCAGCAGCUUGGUGUCGUUCGAGGGCGUGUACACGCUGUUGGACCUGCAGCGGCCCAGUGCGGAGGCGGUACGGGCAGUGAGGGACUUCACAGCCGAGCGCUUCCAGACCGAGGUGGGGUCGCUGCCCGGGGGCGGCCGCCGCGAUGGCUGCCUGGCGGAUGCGCUGUGGCGGGCGCAGCACUGCCUGGGCGGAGGCAAGAGCGCGGACAAGUCGCUCAACACCAUUGUGGUGUUCUCAAACGACCCCGAGCCCUGCGGACCCGCCACCGCACCCGGCUUCAAGGCCGCAGUUCAGCAGCUGCGCUCCCGGGUGGAGGCGCUGCAGGGCUACCGCGCCGCACUGCGCCUGUUCCCGCUGGCCGCAGCCGCACGGCCCUGGGCGCCGCGCGGGGCGCUGUGGCCGGACCUGUUGCGGGCGCUGCCGGGUCCGGGCGAGGGCGAGGCGGAGGGCGAGGGCGGCGCCGUGGGGGACGACCUCACCAUGCUGAGGGAGCUGGCUGCUGAUGCCGAGGCCGCCUCCCAGUCCGGCUCCCUGCCUGGGGGCGGCGGCGCCCAGCAGGCGGUGCUCAACAGCCUGUUCGACGCCUUCCGGCGGCGGCUGGCUCGCAAGCGCACGCUCAUGAGGCUGAGGUGGCAGCUCAGUGACAACGCGGCGAUCAGCGUUCGGGCCUACCUGCUCAUCAGUGACGCCGCCAAGGCCGCCAAGAAGAUGACGCCCUUCAACCCCACAACCAACAUGCCGCUCAAGGCCGUGACCAGCUACGUGUCGGUGUCUGACGGCGCGCUGCUGGACCGACCCACGGCGGCGGCACAGCGCGUGUUCGAGCUGCGGACCGGCAACAGGGCGAGGCUGCCGGAGGUGGUGGCCUCCGCCCCCGAGGUGGCCGAGCAGGCGGCGCUGGCGCCCUCCGGCCUGGCGCUGCUGGGCUUCAAGCCGCGCAGCUGCCUGCAGCUGUGGCACCAGACCCGCUCCGCCCUCUUCCUGCGCCCCGACGAGCGCUCCGCCCCCGGCUCCACCGCGGCCUUCAUUGCGCUGUGGCGGGCCAUGCUGAGCCAGGACCGCAUCGCCAUUUGCAGGCUGAAGCGUGGCGCCUCAGCCCCCCGGCACGUGGCGCUGGUGGCGCAGGACGAGCAACUGAGCGAGUACGGAGUGCAGUCCGAGGCUCCCGGCAUGUACCUCAUUCACCUGCCCUUCGCCGACGACAUCAGGCAGCCCGAGGCCGUGGUGGGCCUGCCCAACCCCCCACUGGACGAGGCGCAGGUGGCCGCAGCCGCAGCUCUGAUGCAGGCUCUCAGCCUGGGAGGCGGCAGUGGCCAGGACCAGGCGCAGGAUCAGGCGGCGGCAGGUGUCGGUGUGUUCGACCCCAGCCAGGUCCAGAACCCCUGGCUGCAGCGCCACUACACAGUGGUGGAGAGCCUGGCCCUGUCGGAGCCCAUCCCCGAGUGGGACCCGCAGCGGGACGACGGCACACUGCCGCGCCGGGAGCUGUGGGAGAGCGAGGCGGCAGCGGCGGCAGUGCAGGCGUUCCGCGAGGCCUUCCCGCAGCAGGGCACCAAGCGCAAACCGGCGGCGGCUACCCGGCAGGCCAAGGCGGCGGCGGCGUCUGACGCCUAUGACGAGGUGGACUGGCCGAGCCUGCUGCGCAGUGGCGGACUCAAAAAACUCAAAAUAGACGAACUGAAGACCUACCUGCGCAAGCACCAACUCAAGCUGACUGGCAAGAAGGACGAGCUGCUGGACCGAGUGACGACACACAUGCAGCAGCAGUAGCAGGGGCGGGCAGCAGCAGUGGCAGUGGUAUUUGGGGGGGGACAGCAUUUGGGGGCAGCAGCAGUGCCAGCAGCGGCUGGCGCGGCAUUCGGGGUUGAGAGGGGUGGCGAUGUAGGGGCCUAGGGGCAGCGGCAGAGGCGGUGACGGAGUAGAGGUUGCCAAGGCGGGAUCAGAGCCGGGGGAGCAUGAGGUGGCGGGAGCGGGGCAAGGGCGUGUGGGCCUUCAGCGGCACGGCAACGCCUGUGAUAUAGGCCUUACAGCCGGGUGUUGGUAACAGGUAGGGCUGACAGCUGCGACGGACAGGUUGAGCCGUUGCGAUCUGCUUAUACAGUCUACAUCAGCAUCACAGUCUGUGAAUGCACCCGCCUGUACACACUGCAAGCACUCGGGCCGUUGGCUGUGAGUUGCGGGAUGGGGGAAGACACGGCGUGACGUGCAACUCGGGUGCAAACGGUGUUGCAACACGGUGGACGGCACCCACGGUCUGGCCCCCUGACGUGGCGGCACGUGGGCCGUGCGCUGACGUGUGGUCGUGUGCGUGGCGGCACAUGACGGGUCUGGUAGGCGAGGCCAGUCGUCCGGACUGACGAGUAGACAUACAGCGGAGGGGGCGGGGCCCGCCAAGACCGAGCAGGACCGGGCUUGCCGACCGACAUG